CCGGUGUGUGGCCCGAGACUUGAAACUAUCUCUAAGCGUGGCUUUGGCACCUGCCACCAAUGCCGCGAUCAAGCAAGUAAAUAUCGUGCAACGCGGAUACCGUUUUUUGUUGUUGUUGUUGUUUGCGAUCGUGAUAGUUUCGACAAGCCGACUACAUCAGCGUUAGCCGCGAUAAUAAAAAAUAACCAUCAGGCAGCCGGUUUAGAUUCAGAAAUCAGCGAGAAAAUAAUUGAAACGCUGAUGAAUGAGAGGGAAAACGAACGGAAUAUGAUCGGGAAUGAAUCGAAAGGGUUGUAAUAGAAUGAAUAAUGGUAUGCGAAACUUUUGCUGGUGAACGCGGACGAGGCCGACCAAAAUGUUGCAUCCUCGUGAAACGUCCGCAAUGUGCGCCCAGACCAAAAUGUCACAUCAGAUCAAUAAGUACUACGGCGAACGAGUACAAGGGCGAAAAGGUCAAAUCGAAAAAAUUGUCCGGGAAGUCUGUAAGGUCGUUGAGAAUGUUCUCAAGGAAGUCGAAAUUCAAGAGCCACGCUUCGUUUCUUCAUUGAUCGAGUGUAACGGUAGAUACGAGGGUCUAGAAGUAAUAUCUCAGGAUGAGUUUGAAAUUAUUCUGUACCUAAAUCAAAUGGGGGUAUUCAACUUUGUCGACGACGGAACACUGCCCGGUUGUGCUGUGCUCAAACUCAGCGAUGGUCGAAAACGUUCGAUGUCACUCUGGGUUGAAUUCAUCACGGCUUCGGGUUAUCUUUCAGCCCGAAAAAUACGCUCAAGAUUUCAAACUCUGGUUGGCGAAGCUUGCGAUAAGUGCGCGUAUCGAGAUUCCGUGAAAAUGAUCGCGGACACUACAGAAGUAAAACUACGGAUAGGGGAGCGAUUGGUAGUUCGAAUAACACCCGCUUUCAAGUGCUCCGGUGUAUGGCCAAGAUCCGCAGCUCACUGGCCCAUACCUCAUCUUUCAUGGCCGCAACCGAAUCUCAUUGCCGCUGUCAAGACCGAAGGUUUCGAUCUCUUGUCCAUGGAGAGCGUCGCUCUUCAGGGUAAACGAUCGACGAUGGAGGGUGACGCUUGGCUCAUCUCCUUUACCGGAGCUGAAACGCGUCUUCUUCAAGGUGGCUGCCGACAAAUGUGUCUCGGUAUACUCAAGACAUUGAGGGAUCGUCAUCUAGAUCUACCUGGAAAUCCAGUCACGAGUUAUCACAUGAAAACUCUUUUGCUGUACGAGUGCGAAAAACACCCAACCGAAGCCGAAUGGGACGAAGCCUGUCUCGCUGAUCGAAUAAACGGCAUUUUUCUCCAGCUCAUAUCUUCUCUCCAGUGUCGCAGAUGUCCCCACUACUUUCUACCGAAUCUCGAUCUUUUCAAGGGCAAAUCACCGACUGGCCUAGAGACCGCUGCUAAACAAGUCUGGAGACUCACGAGAGAACUUUUAACCAAUAGCUGCGCACUCGAAAAGCUUUAACUCUUUGUCUAUUCCACGUUAAAUAUAGAUAGAGAAUAGAAACACAAUUCAAUUAUAUAUCCACGACAAUGCAUAUAUCGAAUUAGAAAAAAUUGUGUCAUUUUUAAAAACUGUGAAGCUUCCUGAAUAUCGUCCUCUUGAAUUCACCGUACCCGACUAAUAUAUUUUCAUUUUAAAAAACAAUAGUGUCAUAUGAAUAAAAAUACUAAGUAACACGAGGGUUGCUAUAUCGUUACCACGAUCUUUUUCACAACUAUUUCCGAAAUAUGAAUGGGUCUAUUGAUUCCAAGUCAUUUAUUGUAAGCAAUUUUCCUAUAACUUUUACGUAUAAAUUUUAUUUUUAUUAAAAAAAUUAGCCACAACAGUCGAAAUAAUAUAUAUCAGCUUGUCGAGUAUGCGUAGACAAAAAACCAAACUCAAAUAUUCGCUCUGAAUUUUGUAAUAUUUUACCUCCAUCAUAAUUUAUGUAUGGUACAUCAACUAUGAAUCUUAUUAUAGUCUUUCAAAAAAAGUGUCUUCCCGUUAAUGAACCUCUCUUGCUCUCUAAUGUUUUAA